AUGGAAACAGUAGACACCUCCAAGCGGUUGGCACAUCUCCGCGAUAUGAUGCGCCAGCAUAAAGUCGAUGUUUACAUUGUUCCUUCAGAAGACAGCCAUCAAUCAGAAUACAUAGCCCCCUGCGACGCACGACGAGAAUAUAUCUGCGGCUUCACAGGGUCGGCUGGCACGGCGGUGAUCACGCUCGAGAAAGCCGCCCUAGCUACAGAUGGGCGAUAUUUCAAUCAGGCCUCCAAACAGCUCGAUACCAAUUGGCUAUUGCUGAAGCAGGGCAUGGAAGAUGUUCCUACUUGGCAGGAAUGGACAAUAGAGCAAGCCUCCGGCGGAAAGACGGUAGGAGUUGACCCAACGGUCAUCACUGCAACAGAGGCUCGGAAAUUGAGUGAAACCCUCAAGAAGAAAUCUCGCGCGACCCUGGUAGGAGUCUCAGAAAAUUUGGUUGACAAGAUCUGGAAAGAUAGACCAGCGAGGCCAGCAGAGAAAGUCAUUGUGCUCGACGAAAAGUACGCAGGCAAAUCAUUCAAGGAGAAGUUGGAUGAUCUACGGAAGGAGCUCAAGAAGAAGAAAGCUGCUGGAAUGGUCGUCUCCAUGCUAGACGAAGUGGCAUGGCUGUUUAACCUUCGUGGAAGUGACAUCCCUUACAACCCUGUUUUCUUUUCUUACGCCGCCGUCACAAACGAUUCAGCGACUUUGUAUGUCGAUUCCGGUAAAUUGGGGCCGGAAGUCAAGGAGUAUCUGGGCGAAACUGUCGAGAUCAAGCCGUACAAUGCUCUCUUUGACGAUCUCACAAGCCUGGCCGAAGUGUCGUCUGGCGCUGUGCAGCAAGAUGGAGCCACCCAAUCCCACGACCCCAAACUGUUACUAUCGAACAAGUCGUCUUGGGCACUGAGUCUGGGGCUGGGCGGCGAAGAAAAGGUUGAAGAAGGUCGUAGUCCUCUCUCAGAUGCCAAAGCCAUCAAGAAUGCCACUGAGUUGGAAGGGAUGCGCCAAUGCCACAUCCGAGACGGAGCGGCGCUCAUUAAAUAUUUCGCAUGGUUGGAGCACGAGCUGCUCAGCGGCACAUGGAUUGAUGAAGUUCAGGGUGCGGACAAGCUCGAAGAGAUUCGAUCGAAGGGCGAGCAUUUUAUGGGAUUGUCUUUUGACACGAUCUCAUCGACGGGCCCGAAUGCCGCAGUCAUUCAUUACAGUCCCGAGCGCGGUAACUGUGCUGUCAUCGACCCCAAACAGAUCUAUCUAUGUGACUCUGGCGCUCAGUAUCUUGAUGGAACCACUGAUACCACCCGGACAUUACACUUCGGAGAACCUACCGAGAUGGAGGUCAAGUCAUAUACCCUCGUUUUGAAGGGUGUCAUCUCUCUUGACAGAGCAGUUUUCCCCAAAGGGACGACCGGUUUUGCGAUUGACGCGCUUGCUCGACAACAUUUGUGGCGCGAAGGACUCGAUUACAGGCACGGUACCGGACAUGGUGUGGGAUCGUACCUCAAUGUCCACGAAGGACCUAUCGGCAUUGGUACGCGCGCCGCUUACUCGGAGGUGUCGUUAAGUAUUGGUAAUGUCGUUUCCGACGAACCAGGAUAUUAUGAAGAUGGCAAAUUUGGAAUCCGGAUAGAAAAUAUGAUCAUGGCACGAGAGGCCAAGACGAACCAUAAAUUUGGGGAUAAGCCCUGGAUCGGAUUCGAGCACGUUACAAUGGUCCCGAUGUGCAGGAGAUUGAUUGACCCGGCUUUGCUGGACCCGGAGGAACGAGAUUGGCUGAACGAUUAUCAUAGAGAAGUGUGGGAGAAGACGAAUGGCUUCUUCAAAGAUGACGACCGGACAACGAAUUGGCUGAAGAGAGAGACGGCACCGAUAUGA